AUGAAAUUAUUUUUCAAAUAUAGAAGCCAGGUGCGUGUGCUGACUAUAUACACUGAGGACGACGUAAAUGAUGCUGAGGACGACGUAAAUGAUGAUGAGGACGACGUAAAUGAUGAUGAGGACGACGUAAAUGAUGCUGAGUACGACGUAAAUGAUGAUGAGGACGACGUAAAUGAUGAGGACGACGUAAAUGAUGAGGACGACGUAAAUGAUGAUGAGGACGACGUAAAUGAUGCUGAGGACGACGUAAAUGAUGCUGAGGACGACGUAAAUGAUGAUGAGGACGACGUAAAUGAUGCUGAGGACGACGUAAAUGAUGCUGAGGACGACGUAAAUGAUGCUGAGGACGACGUAAAUGAUGCUGAGGACGACGUAAAUGAUGCUGAGGACGACGUAAAUGAUGAGGACGACGUAAAUGAUGAGGACGACGUAAAUGAUGAUGAGGACGACGUAAAUGAUGCUGAGGACGACGUAAAUGAUGCUGAGGACGACGUAAAUGAUGAUGAGGACGACGUAAAUGAUGAGGACGACGUAAAUGAUGCUGAGGAUGACGUAAAUGAUGCUGAGGACGACGUAAAUGAUGCUGAGGACGACGUAAAUGAUGCUGAGGACGACGUAAAUGAUGCUGAGGACGACGUAAAUGAUGAUGAGGACGACGUAAAUGAUGCUGAGGACGACGUAAAUGAUGCUGAGGACGACGUAAAUGAUGAUGAGGACGACGUAAAUGAUGAUGAGGACGACGUAAAUGAUGAUGAGGACGACGUAAAUGAUGCUGAGGACGACGUAAAUGAUGCUGAGGACGACGUAAAUGAUGCUGAGGACGACGUAAAUGAUGAUGAGGACGACGUGAAUGAUGAUGAGGACGACGUAAAUGAUGAUGAGGACGAUGUAAAUGAUGAUGAGGACGACGUAAAUGAUGCUGAGGACGAUGUAAAUGACGUAAAUGAUGAUGAGGAUGACGUAAAUGAUGACGUAAAUGAUGAGGACGUAAAUGAUGAUGAGGAUGACGUAAAUGAUGACGUAAAUGAUGAGGGACGACGUAAAUGA